CUUCACUCUACCCUACUCUCACCUUACAGCUUGCUUGCGUGAUCACCAUGGCAGACAAGCCAAAGUCGUCAAUCCCAGAGUGGCAAAAGUCCAAUGCCAGUUCGGAGAACAGCAGCACUGGCACCGCCGCCGCCGCCACCACCAUCAACUCAAGCGCAGAUGAUAACGAAACCGAAGACCGCCCAGCGCUCCUCGAUCAAGCCGCCAAGUUCCUCCAGGAUGACUCCAUUCGCGAUGCCCCUCUCGACCGCAAGAGAACGUUCCUAGAGUCCAAGGGCCUGCGCAAUGAUGAGAUUGAGCUUCUCCUAAGCCAGUCCCAUGAGGAGUUCAGCACGAAGGAGCCGAGCAGUAACCCCGAGGUCGCCAACAACCACGAAGCUCCCAGCAGCAGCAGCAGCAGCAGCAACGCACCUCCACCACACACCUCCUCCUCAACAGCAACAACCACCUCGCCCACCCCACCACCCAUCGCCAGCGCCAGCACCAGCACCUCCACCGCCACCUCCACCCCAGCGCCAGCACCCCGCGACAUCCCCCCAAUAAUCACCUACCCCGAAUUUCUGACCACGCCCGCCACGCAACCGCCCCUCAUCACCCUACGCAGCACGCUCUACACCCUCUACGGCGCCGCGGGCCUCGCAACAACCUUCUACGCCGCCAGCGAAUACCUGGUGAAACCGAUGAUCGCGCAACUGACGGCCGCGCGCCACGACCUGGCCGAAACCACCACCACCAACCUACGCACGCUGAACACGAAACUCGAAUCCGUCGUCUCGACCAUCCCGCCCCGCGACACCACCACCACCACCCCCCUAGCAAACCCCACCGAAGACGUCGACCAAGACGCAGAAUCCAUAACCUCCGACCCAACGGAACUCUUCCACCGCGACGUCGCCGUGCAAACCAGCCCCAGCCCGCUCCUCGAACCCACCCAACCCUCCCUCAUCACCACGACGACAACCACCACCACAGCCACAGACGAAGAAACCCCAGCACCAUCACCCCUCGAAAAAGCCCGCUCCCACACGGCCAGAAUGCACACCCUGACGGCCCACCUCCGCUCCCUCACGGACACCGCCCAGUCCGCCGCGGAGCUCGACACCGCCCUGCGCGCCAAGCUGAAUGACCUGCACCAUUACCUGGAUACCUACAUCUACAGCAAACCCGGGGCCGGGGCCAUGUUCAACCCCAUGGCCGGGUAUGGGGUGUUCAGUACCCCCGGGAUCGAGUCCGGGAAUACCACCACCGCGGGCAACGGGAAUGCGGGGCUGGGGUUGGGGAAGGGGGAGGAGGAUGCCAUCGCGACCUUUCGGACGGAGAUCCGCGGCGUCAAGGGGGCGUUGCUGAGCGCCAGGAACUUUCCGGCGGGUGGGGGGAGGGCGGGC